GCUCCUAAUUCUGCCACCUCACUUAUUCAAACCUCCCUCACACUCUCUUCAUUUCUCUUCUUCUCACACUAAAUUGAUUCUCCGCUUUCCUUUUCUUCCGAUUCUUCAUUUUCCCCUCAUUUUCUUUCACUUUCCCGCUGUUUCUCUCUCUCGUUUUCUUUCUUCUUUUUUCCUUCAAAUUCUCUCUCCCUCACUACACAUUUCUUCUUGCUGCUGCACUACUUCACAGAUUUUUUGGACCGUACAACAAUGGAGAUCGAAAAUUCUUCCGUUCAUCAGCGUUUGCUCCUAACGUUUGCCGCAGGCAUUUCGGCGACGCUGUUUGGCUUUGUUGCUUUGGCCGAGUUGCUUGCUUCAACUGAGUUCCUUGAUUCGAAUAAGAUGGAUGUCAUUGAUGCAUCCAACGAGAAAAGGAAAUCCAAGUCUAGGAAAUGUCAGACGACAAGGCUGACUGAUGGAGAAGAAAAUGAGAAUGAGAAUAACGACAGUGAUAACGAACUUGGAGACGGUCAAGAUGUGCAUGAAAAUGGAGAAGAAGAAGGUAAAAAUGCUCCUACUAAAGAUGGUGCUAACGGAGAAGAAGAUGGUAGCAAUGAUAAUGGUGACGGUGGGAGUGAGAAUAGUGGUGAGGGUGGUGAUGACGAAGAAGAAAAUGAUGAUGGUGGGAGCGAUGAGAACAAUGAAGAUAAUAAUGAAGACGAUGAUGACGUAGAUGAAGAAGAUGCAGAGGAAGACAACUUUGAAGGAGAAGAGGAUGACGAAGAAACUCUUCCACCACCAAAGAAGAGAAAGAAGUAGGAAAAAGAUAAAAAGAAGUGAGAAGGAAAAAUAUGCUAACUGUGAAAGCACUUUCUAAUUAUCCUAAUGAGACUGCUUCCAACUGUAAGUUUUGGAUACUAAAAGCUCUCAAGACAUGGCUGAGCUCAUCAGCCAAUUUGACCUCAACAAAGCAAUCGCUAUCUUAGUGUUAUAGCGUUUGUGUAUGCACUAAUGUUUUUAGUUUUGUAUGAAAGUUCUUCGAUUGAUUCAACAAAGACUACUGCUCUUUCUAUUGUUAAA